AUGCCAGAGCAACAGACUAAAGUAUGCUCGAAAUUCCCUGAUGAGUACUGGCUGAAUGCUGAGGAAUCGAAGCGCUAUCCCCUCGAUUUCCAAUCUGCGCUGGCCAAGGAUGGCUGGCGGGGCAUCUGCAUGCCCACAAAAUAUGGCGGGUCUCGAUUGGGCAUUUCAGAAGCCGCGGUAAUGAUGCAGAUCAUAUCCGAGUCGGGGGCUGGCAUGGCCGGCGCGUCAUCUGUGCCUAUGAAUAUUUUUGGCCUGGAACCGGUUGUGAAGUUUGGCAAUGCAGAACAAAAGCGACGGUUCCUGAUACCGCUGGUCCAAGGCCGGGAGCGCGCCUGCUUUGGCGUUACGGAGCCAAAUACGGGGCUUGACACGCUGAAACUGCGGUCAAUGGCUACGCGAAACGGUGAACACUAUAUCCUCAAGGGCUCGAAGAUCUGGAUAUCUGCGGCCCAGCACGCGGAAAGGAUUUUAAUCCUCGUCCGGACGACUCCAUUGGACAAAGUUACAAAACCAUCACAGGGCCUGUCGCUCUUCUACACGGACCUCGAUCGGUCGCAGGUAGAUGUGUCCGAGAUCCCUAAGAUGGGCCGUGCGGCGGUCGACAGCAAUACCCUCUUCUUCGAGAAUUGGAAUGUCCCCGCGGCAGAUAUGAUAGGCGAGGAGAACAACGGGUUUAAAAUGAUAAUCCACGACAUGAAUGCGGAGCGCAUCUUGAUUGCAGCGGAGGCUCUAGGGCUAGGCUACGCGGCGCUGCGACGCGCGGCAAAAUACGCAAACGAGCGACAGGUGUUCGGGAGACCGAUUGGGCAAAGCCAGGGCAUUCAACAUCCACUCGCUGACUCGUGGAUGAACCUGGAAGCUGCGCGGUUGAUGGUCUAUCAGGCGGCCAGGAUGUAUGAUGCGGGCUACACGUCGGGGGAAUACGCAAAUGCGACCAAAUACCUCGCUGCCGAAGCAGCAUUUAGGGCAUGUGAGAGAGCAGUGAUGAGCCAUGGCGGGAUGGGAUACGCGGGGGAGUAUCACGUCGAGAGAUAUUUGAGGGAGGCUUUUAUUCCGCGCAUUGCCCCUAUGCGGGGAGUCCACGGUGCCAUUUUGGAUUUGGCUAAAGGAGAACAAAGACACUUUGUACGAAAUCAACUUGUGCGUGCAUAG